CAAAAAUUAUUGCCAAUUUGCCAGUCCUAAAUGGUUGUUCUCGUCGUAAAUAUCAAUAAUAAUUCAAAUUCAUACCAUUUCAAAUUAAUAUCAACGCUCCAACAAUAAAAUAUUCAAGACGUAUAAAUAUUAAAGUACGACACAAUUUCAAAUCCCCCAAAUUUCGUCUUCUCCGCCAUUAUACUACUUUGAAGAGCUCCAUUCAGCUCUUUCCCGUGAACAAACACAACGCCAUUUUUGCUCAAAUUUUCUCUCUCCUCCAAAAAUGUUCUUCACUAAACCCUAAUUCAACUCUCUCAUUUUCUCUCUCCUCCAUCAACAAUGGCGACGGCAGCAUUCAGGUCAACAACACGGCGAACAUCAAUCGGAGGAGACUCCAAUUCCAACUCCAGUACUAGUCGGAACUCCACAUCAUCGUCGUCGCACCACCGCCGUUCACGGAGUGUCAGCCGAUUUUCGCACCGACUUCCAGCGGAGGUCUCGCCGGAGGAACCGCCGUCGGCGAGUCGUAGGGGUAAAUUUGUAAAUACAGUACGAGGUUCUGGUGUUCCUGAGAUUAGUCUCGAUGAUCUUGCGAUUGAGAUGUUUUCGUUGAGUGAUAUCGGUGAAAGAGGGCGAACUACUUCUGAUGAGGUUUCUUCUGCAAAUAGAGAUGAUAAAACGGCGUCGCAUCGGAGAGGAAGGUCGGUUUCUAGGCGUGGGGCUAGGGUUGGUGAGCUGAGGAGUAAGAAUUUUGGCGAGAAAAAGGGCGAUUUUGAUGGUGGUACUUCUAGAAGGAGGCGGUCGCUUUCUGUUGCUCGGAAUUAUCAAAUUAGCGAUUCUGAGAAUGAACACAUUCAGAAAAACAGGAGUCUUGUGAGAGCCAAAGAUCUUAACACGUGGAGCAAACAAAAGGCUGCAAUGCAGCCAACAUCUUCUAAUCAGCGGAGAGGAUUGUGGAGGUCCUCUAGCCAGAAAGAUCUCUUGAGGUCAUAUGAUGGGUACUCUAGCUAUUCCUCCACCCUAACUGAUGAUGAAGGGAAUGAUGCUUGUUACAAUGCUAACCGGAGAACGAAAGACAUGCAAACUGCCUCCAAACAAAAUAAGGAACCACAGGCAAGUGGAUAUGGGCAAUGGUCCAAAGCAUUGCAAAAAGACUAUACGAAUCCUGCCAAAGAUAUUAGGCUAGAUUAUAGACAGGUUAAGGCUGAGAACCAACUGUCAGAGUUGGCUAGUAACAAUGGUCUUCAGUCAUCAGACUCUGAUGCUCUUAAGGCUGUUUCAACUGUUAGAAGGAAUUAUAAGUCAAAACUGGAAGAGUCUGAAAAGCGUAAACAAGAACUCCUUGCUGAAAUAAUGCUGGAGGAGGAGCGUGGUAAAGAGCUAAAAAAAAUUGUUGGAGAACUGCUUCCUCAUCCAAAGAGCACUCCUGUUAAAAGAGCUGCUAGAGGAAGAAAGAGAAGUACUGACACAAUCAGAAUGCCUAAGCAAUUGGUAGAAGAGGCUGAUAAAAUUAUUGACGAAUUUAUUUCCAGUGUUGAAGAAACUGAUAUCUCAUCAUUUGAUGGUGAAAGGAGUGAUACCAGUUCUGUUUUUGGGGGUGCAGUAAAGCCAACCUGGCAAUACGGAGAUACAGAAUCUUUUAAAAGUCCAAUGAGAUCUGAUUUGCUUCCUGGUGAAAUGGAUGGGGUUGUUCUUCCUUGGUUGAAGUGGGAGACUGGCGAUGAUGGUACUCCUCUUCUGGGCAGUUAUGAUAAGCAACAUCCUACAACUCCAACAACUGUUCUACAGGGUUCACAGGAGAUGACUGCUGGGGAUGAGCAAGAACAAAGUUCAAGUUCCAAAAGUAGUCGUGGGAGUUGGAGUCCUGGAGUUGCCAAUAGCUUCUCUUUGGAUGUAGGAAAUUCCAGCAAAUCUGGAGUGGUUGAGAGCUACAAAAGCCAACUUUUAUCUCGAGUGCCCAGAAAAUCGCAGGUGGAUAUAGAUGAUUAUCUAAAGCUUACAAGCAAUGAGGGUUUCCUUUCAGAAAGAUGGAUACAGCGGGAGAGAAUCCACUCAGGCGGUCUCCUUAUAUGUAAUAGUAGAUCUUCCGGAAAAUUUCUUUAUUGAAUAACUGCAGUAAUCCGUCUUAUAUCUAGGUGCAUUGAUCAGUAGUUACUGUAUUCCGACUGAUUUCUGUCGAUUCUCAGCGUAAACCUGUGAGGCUAUGUAGUUAUUAUUAAGGUCUCGCUUGUUUAUGCUUUUACUUGUGUUGGGGUAUAUAUCUUGAAGCAAUUAUGCAUUCACCACACCUUGACUGCUGUACAAAGUACUGUCGCUACUGGAGUUUAAUACCAUAUGCAGUUCUUCAUAGCACUCUA